AUGUGGGGCCUGUCUCCCAGCCCCAUGGGCCUCACCCUGAGCUCAGCCCGUUCCCUCGCUGCAGGUCUGCGGGUUGACGAGAACCUCCAGUCGAUGCUGGUGGGAUCAAUGAUGAGGAAAGUCAAAUCCAGGAGCUGGAAGCGGCAGCGAUAUUUCAAACUGCAGGACGACUGCAUGAGCAUCUGGUACAAAUCGAAGAAAACUGGGAACCCCAAGUCUACAUUCUCUAUCAGUGACAUUGAGGCUGUACGGGAGGGACACCAGUCUGAGGUCCUGCAGAGUAUCGCUGACGAGUUCACAGCUGAUCGCUGCUUCACCGUGGUUUUCCGGGGAAGGCGAGGGAACCUGGAUCUCGUGGCGGAUUCCCCCCAGGAGGCGGAUCACUGGAUCCAGGGAAUCCGCAAACUGAUCGAGAAUGUCAAAAACAUGGAUCAGAAGGAGAAACUUGACCAGUGGAUUAGUGACUGGUUCCAUAAAGCUGAUAAGGAUAAAGACGGGAGGAUGAAUUUUAAGGAGGUGCGGGUUUUAUUGAAGAUGAUGAAUGUGAACAUGAACGAGGAUCACUCCUUGCGGCUCUUUAAGAUGGCAGACAGAUCACACUCAGGAACACUGGAAGGCGAUGAGUUUGUCUUGUUUUAUAAAGCACUGACUCAGCGGGACGACAUUCACAGACUCUUCAAUGAAUUUUCCAAAGACAGGAAGAAGCUGACGCUCCUGGAAUUUGUAGAUUUUCUAAAAUACGAGCAACUCGAGCAAGUGGAGAAUUUGGAGACAUUUGCCAUGGAUCUAAUUGCCAGAUAUGAACCAUCGGAGACAGCCAGGAGUCUCCAUGCCAUGACAUUAGAUGGAUUCCUCAUGUACCUCUGCUCUCCUGAUGGGUCCAUCUUUAAUCCCAAACACGAGCCUCUGUAUCAGGAUAUGUCACAGCCCCUCUGCCAUUACUUUAUCUCGUCGUCUCACAACACAUACCUGAUGGAGGACCAGCUCUGUGGACACAGCAGUGUGGAGGGCUACAUCAGAGCACUGAAGAAGGGGUGUCGCUGUGUGGAACUUGACUGUUGGGAUGGUCCGAACCUGGAACCUAUUGUGUAUCAUGGCCACACACUGACCUCCAAAAUCUUCUUCAAAGACGUCAUCUCCGUGAUCAACAAGUACGCUUUCCGGUUCUCAGAAUUCCCAGUGAUUCUGUCCAUCGAGAACCACUGCAGCAUCGAGCAGCAAACUGUCAUGGCUCAUCACCUACAGAACAUCCUCGGAGACAAGCUGGUGAAAAGUACCAUUGAUGGAAAGGUCCCGAAUGGAUUCCCAUCUCCUGAGGAGCUGAAAUGGAAAGUCCUGGUGAAGGGAAAGCGGAUUGGCAAGUUAGCGGAUUGCCUGAACGGGCAGGGAGAGGAUCAUGAUACCGGAGAGGUGACUGACGAGGAUGAAGCUGCUGAGAUGGAUGACGAGAACAUCAGGAAUGAAGUGAAGAAGAAAGGGAAGGGGUCGAAGCAGAGAUUGGCCAAGGAAUUGUCGGACUGUGUGAUCUACUGCAAGAGUGUUCAUUUCCACAGCUUCAAACAUUCCCGAGCACAUUACAAAUUCUACGAAAUCUCCUCUUUCGCUGAAUCCAAGGCCAGAAAACUGAUCAAAGAAUCUGUGAAUGAGUUUGUUUGUCACAAUGCCUGGCAGCUGACCCGUGUGUAUCCCAGUGGCUUCAGAACGGAUUCCUCAAACUUCAGCCCCCAGGAGAUGUGGAAUGCAGGCUGCCAAAUAGGUAACCAAUCACCUCAGGAGGCAGCUUCCUUUCAGCUCCACUGCAUUGAUAAGUCUCCCAGAUCUUCCCCCAGUGACCGGCCUGAAGCCUCUGUCACCUUCUCCGCUGUGUUUCUCAGCAGCACUGAGCCAGUGAUGUUCAGCUGA